AUGCAUAAGCCAUGUUGGCUGCUUAUGAUCUCCAGUCUAAGCCUACUCCUAUGUCUUGCCAAUCUGGGUCCAGUAGAUUCUCAAUCAAGAACUGAUGGCGAAUUUGAAAAUAAGUUACGCCUACGACUGUGGAUUAAUUGUACAGAUCGCAAAUACGAAUCCACAAAUUUAGUGCACUCUCAAUAUUGGGUAAUGGCUAACUAUAUUCGGGCGAAUCACGGUGAUUUGCGAUGUUUCUCGUCUGUAACCUACACCACACAUGCGGACUAUCGUUAUCUGGACAAUGUGGUGCAAUUGGUGGAUCGCUGGCGAUCUCCAAUUAGCUUAGCUCUUUAUGCACCCGGCUUGGAUUUUAAGCCCACUGUCAUAGGCAUCCUUUGGCUACGAAAAUGUGAUCCGCAACGUGAAUUGAUCCAACAGUGGGUUAGUUUUCAUAUAUAUUUUAAUGUGGAUCAAAUACCAAGCGAUAUACCGAGAGAACGAACAUUAUUGCAAUGGCAAGUAAAUUGCAAGCAACCGGCGCCAUUUUUAAAUGUUCCUAAGACCAAACUCUAUAGAUGGGAAAAAAGACUUGACUAUCCCGUGAAUGUUGGACGUAAUAUAGCCAGAAAUGCAGCUCUAACUCAUUUUGUGCUGGCUUCCGAUAUUGAGCUUUAUCCCUCACCGGGUUUGUCAAAUGGAUUCCUGCAAAUGCUUACUCGUUAUCCAGAUUUGCUGAAGUCUAGAAAAAAAAUUGUUUUUCCCUUAAAUAUUUUCGAGGUGCACAAAACAAUUGCUGUGCCAAAUACAAAGCCGAAAUUGCAAUAUCUGCUUGCCAAAGGACACGCUCAGUCCUUUCAUAUCAGACUAUGUGCUUCGUGUCACAAUGGACCACGAUUACGAGAAUGGAUCAAUGCAAUUGAUUUAUCAAAUACUAUUAAAGUUUUUCAUGUAAGCAAACGGAGUGCGCAAUAUAAUUAUUGGGAACCCAUCUACAUUGGCACAAAUAAUGAUCCUCUCUACGACGAGCGUUUCACUUGGGAGGGCAUGUGGGAUAAACUAACCCAAGCCUAUGCCUUGUGCGUUUUGGACUAUGAAUUUCAUACUCUGGAUAAUGCUUUUUUAGUUCACAAGCCAGGUAUUAAAAAGAGCAACAGAAAUUACGCAAGAUUGGCAAAGGGCUUACGAUCUUAUCAGUUCAUACAAAGAGAGAUUCUUCUUGAGUUCUAUGAGAAAUAUGGAAGGCAUGAGAAUUGCACUAUAUAGUGAAAACCGAUAAUAACGUUCAUAUACUCAGUGUUUAAAAUAAAAAUGUAUCUUCUAAAUUGAAUAAU